GGAAACGACAAGAGCUCUGGAAAGGACGACAAACUUGGUACCGUAAAGGAAGUCCAAGCUCGUCAUAUUUUGUGCGAAAAGAUGGGCAAGGCUGAAGAAGUCAUGAAGAAGCUUCAAGAAGGAUGGCUCUCAAGAGAUGUUAAAGUUCCAUCUUCUGAAUUUGGUAAACUUGCUGAACAAUACUCUGAUUGUUCAUCAAAGAACAAGGGUGGUAAUCUUGGCUGGUUCGGAAGAACUAAAAUGGUUGGACCUUUCAGUGAGGUUGCUUUCAAUACUCCUGUAGGUGAAGUCAGUAAGAUCUUCAAGACAGAACACGGUUAUCACAUUGUUUUGGUUGAA